AUGACUUACCAUCCCUCGAUUCUGUUGGCGGUGGUCGUGAUCGGCUUUCUAGCAAUCAAGUACUUCAACAAGACAGAUAUACCCAAGAUCAAGGGUCUCCCCGAAAUUCCUGGCAUCCCAAUCUUUGGUUCUCUAUUGAAAUUGGGUGAUAGUCAUGCCCGAGCUUGUGCUCAGUUAGUACCCAAGUAUGGUCCAGUAUUCCAAGUGCGGCUGGGAAAUCGGCGUGUCAUUUUUGCCAAUUCAUUCCAAGCAGUGAAAGACCUCUGGGUCGGCCAUCAUGCUGCCAUGAUAUCCCGUCCCACCUUUUGGACCUUUCACAGGGCUGUUUCGAAAGACAGCACGUUCACUUUGGGAACUUCUCCAUGGAAUGACUCGGUCAAAACUGUACGAAAAUUGGCCUCGACCGCCAUUAAUCGUAGGGCUGUACAAACAUAUCUCCCCCUGAUUGACCUCGAAUGUACCACCAGCCUCAAAGAAAUACUCGACAACUCUGUGCAUGGCGAUAUCAACCCCAAUGGAUAUUUCCAGAGGUUUUCCCUCAAUAUCAGUCUACGCUUGAAUUACGGCUUCCGCAUCAAAGGCUCUGUUCAGGACAAAUUACUCAAUGAAGUUGUUGACGUCGAGCGAGAAUUGGGUCUUCUCCGAGGCUCGGCACACUGUUGGCAGGACUAUAUACCAAUCCUUCGCUUAUGGCCCGGUUAUCGAGCUCAUGCACGGUCUUUAUCCGGAAGACGAGACGAAUAUAUCUUAUCAUUCCUGGAUGAGCUGAAACGCAGGAUGGAGAACGGUACAGAUAAUCCUUGUAUUACAGGCAAUGUAUUGAAAGACCCAGAAGGUAAACUUACUGACGCACAAAUUAAGACCUGUUGUCUCACUAUGGUUGCCGCCGGCCUUGACACGCUACCAUCCAACAUCAAUCUGAUGAUUGCAUAUCUUGGUUCCCCGCACGGUCAAGAAAUUCAGGCUAGGGCUUACGAAGAGUUGAGCAAGACUUAUCCCGAAGGUGACGGCUGGCAUGCAUGCAAAGAGGCCGAGACCUGUGAAUACCUGGUGUCAUUCAUCAAAGAAAUGCUUCGCUACUGGAGUACGUUGAACUUGGCUUUCACUCGCGAGACGGUCAGGCCUAUUGAAUACAAGGGGGCUGUGAUACCCGCAGGCACUCCUAUGUUCUUGAACACGUAUGCCGCCAAUCAUGACCCUACCCACUUCAAGGACCCGGAAUCUUUCAUCCCCGAGCGCUUCUUGGGCCAAGAAACGGUGGGCGGUGGCAUACAACAGAUGUCGUACGGAGCUGGCGCCAGGCAGUGUGAGGGAGCUCAUUUGGCCAACCGGCAACUCUAUAUCAUCUUUACGCGAAUAUUCCUAGGCUUCCGCAUCUUGGAGACGACCGACAUGUCUGCAAGACCGAUCUUGGAUCCCAUCGAAUGUAGCGUGGACAAAACUGGCCUGGUCUCGAUCCCGAGACCUUUCAAGGUCAAGUUUGUGCCCCGGAGUCGACCACAGUUGGACAAAUGGAUUCAUGAGUCGUUGAUUGCCACGGAACAGUUUGAUGUGUGA